AUGCUGAGGCUUUAUCGCAUUCUGCGUAGUCUACCUUUUGUACCGAUGGCUUUGUCCAACUUUGAUACCAUGGAGCGCACUGCUGCCGCUGCUGCUGCUGCUUCGAUGGCCACGGAUGCAUCAUCGCAUGCAGUUGCUUCGGAUGGCCCACCAUAUUUUAUUUCGCCGAAGCACGACGGCGUGCGCAUUAUCUCGUACGUGAGUGAGCGCGCUGAAUCCCUCAAAUCUACAUGUUUCUCUCGCUUUGGGAGGCCUGUUCAUGGCAUGUUCUGGAUUGAGGAGGAACUUCGUCUCUUGCGGUGGCUCUGCGGAGAUCCACGGUUGGUGUUGGAUGGAGAAUUAUACAUCCAUAAGGAACCUGAUGCCUGCCCAACAAGUGACAGUGGGGUUAAGACGGGGUUCCUGGCGGUGUCGGCGUUGGUGCAUCGCCUGCGCGGGCCUAAAUCCGCCUGCUCCUCUGAGGAGGAAGUGCUCAACUACGUUGCGUCACUUCCCCGCUUCUGCGUGUUUGACGUGGUUUCCUUCCAACCAUCUGACCUGAUAAACGUGUCUGACGACACAAGCGGGCGCGGCCUCUCGCAGCUUGAGAAGGAGCGCGUGUCGCUACUUCGGGAAGUGCUGGGGGCCAAUGGUGUUCGGGAUUUGGAGCUGUUGCGUGUGAUUCCAAACCACUCCGUCUUUUCACAGCGACUGAAGGUGAUGCACUUUCUCAUGUGUCUCUUGCAUCGCGCCCGUGCCUCUUCCAUUUUGUUUCCCGGAAGAGCCGUGGGUGGUGAUACCGCCCCCCUGUCAAACGCGAAAAUGAAGCGGCGAGGCAGAAACACUCCUCCUCCUGCUGCUGCUG